UGUUAGGGGAAAGGGGUGGUAAAGUUGUGCUAGCUAUAUGGGGGAUGGGCUCAUGGGGACAGACCAAACUUUAACCACUUCACCGGCUUCACUCAUUCGUCGCCGCGGGCUGUCCCCCCCCCCCCUUUCCCUUGGUGAGUGACUUGAGUCCUCCGCUCUUCUUUCUCCCGCAUUCCUGAACUUUCUCUAAAACUAUUGCUACUUGUUUGGGGAGGGGAAUGCAUAUUUUCUUCUCAACGUGCUUAAUUGAAAAGCAGUCGUUGAUUAGUCCAAUAUCACGAUGUCCUCCUGUCGGUAAACGGGUUAAGAUUUUACAGCCAACCCUCUACUUUCCUUCCCUCCCCUCUCCUCUCUCGCCAUGCCGGAUCCUUUCGUCUGUCUCGCCCACAGUUGCAGUGCAUUUGUGUCCCGGGAUGACCUGUUGAUGUCGGCUAUAAAGAUGGAGUACCAGUAUCGCCUACCGCUAUAGAUCCCACUCUCCUCUUCGACAGAAAAAAAAAAAAACCUUAACAAAAAUGUUCACGUCGGAGUUCGGCCAAGUGAACGAAGCCUGUGUGGCGUAUUGAGUCAAAUCUUGGUGGAGAUUUAAUAAAUAAUUUAUUCGCUGUGAUAUAUCAUAAGCGACAUUUUGGAGGGGAACAACGCGUGUCUGUCCCGUACCGUAUCGGUAGCUGCCAUUCGGCCGGAGGAGGAGGGAACUCGGUCUAAACGGACAUCACACCGCGCUGGCACGGAAAGAGGGGAGACGGGGAGAGCGCUAAACUGCUGAAUAUUUUAUCCCCUCGACUAUUUUUGUGACAGCUUUCGUGCACCCGGUUGCUCUGACGAUAAACGUGUGCGUGUUGGGAGAGAGUUGAAACCGGGGUUGGCAUACAAGGUAAAGAAGAAGAGCUCCCUUUUUUUGUCCCUUUUCCGCUGCCGCCCCCUCACUCCCUCCACUAAACGCUCCCACACACCGGCCCGGGCCAGCCGAGGACUCCCAAAUCCUACCGGGCAUCGAGGCUGGCACACGGCGGGGCACCGAGAGCUCUCUGCCCGCUCUGACUGCCCUGCUGCCCCGCUGGUGGCGGGGCUCUUUUCCUCCCCGAGGCGUCUACCGGCGAGACAUCGGCUCUGCUAGUCUUUCAUACCCUGUGGUGCUGGGCAGAGCGUUAUGGCUCAGACGCUGCAGAUGGCGAUCCCUAACUUUGGCAACAACAUCCUGGAGUGUCUGAACGAACAGCGGCUGCAAGGCCUCUACUGUGAUGUCUCCGUGGUCGUCAAGGGACACGCCUUCAAGGCCCACCGCGCGGUCCUGGCGGCCAGCAGCUCGUACUUCCGGGAUCUCUUCAACGCCGGGGGGAAGAGCUCGGUGGUGGAGCUGCCCCCGGCGGUGCAGCCGCAGAGCUUCCAGCAGAUCCUGGCCUUCUGCUACACAGGACGCCUCAGCAUGAACGUUGGAGACCAGUUCCUGCUCAUGUACACCGCUGGCUUCCUCCAGAUCCAACAGAUCAUGGAGAAAGGCACCGAGUUUUUCCUCAAGGUCUCCUCUCCGAGCUGUGACUCCCAGGGUCUCCACACCGAGGAGACCCCACCCUCCGAGCCUCAGAGCCCCGUCACUCAAACAAUGGGGGGUGGCGGAGUCGGCGUGGUCGCCCCGGCCGCGGGGAGGCCCGCCUCUUGUCUGACGCCCCUCCCCCUGGUGUCCAAGGUGAAGACAGAACAGAUGGCCUCCACACCUCAGCCCACCCCACAGCCGCAGCAGGAGGGCUCUCCCUACUCGGUGGUCUGCACCCCCGUGGCCAAGCGGCUGUGGGAGGGGGGCAACCGUGACAGCGGAGGGGGGUCUGGAGGGGGCGGGGGAGGUGGGAUGAGGAAGGCCGCACGCUACUCUUCCUCCUCCUCUUCGUCCUCCUCCUCCAACACUGCUACCCAGGAUGCCUCUGGGCGGGGACCUGCAGCCAACGCUGCGAUGAUGGGUGGUGGCGGUGGCGGCGGCGGCAUUGCCACUUCCAUGGGAGGAGCCGGACUCAACAGCAACCACAACAACAACAACAACAACAACGGCGGGACCCCCGAAGGCACAAGCCCGGGCACACUGAGCAUGUACACCAGCGACUCGCCGAUCAGUUACCACGACGACGAGGAAGAGGACGACGUAGCGGAUGAGAGCGCUGAAGAGCAGUACAGACAGAUCUGCAACAUGUACACCAUGUACAGCAUGCUGAACGCCGGAGCAGCAGUGGUCGGGGAGCGGGUGGAGGCCCUUCCCGACUUGGCCCCCGACUCAGGCGGCGGGCGCGGGGGCCGAGGCGCGCGGUCCCGGCAGGACCUGGCGUCGCUGCCCGCCGAGCUCAUCAGCCAGAUCGGGAACCGCUGCCACCCGAAGAUGUACGAGGAGGGCGACCCGGCCGAGAAGCUGGAGCUGGUGAGCGGGACCUCCGUGUUCAUCUCCCGCGCCCAGCUCAUGAACUGCCACGUCAGCGCCGGCACCCGCCACAAAGUGCUGCUCAGACGCCUGCUGGCCGCAUUCUUCGACAGGAGCACUCUUGCUAACAGCUGUGGAACUGGCAUCCGCUCUUCAACCAACGAUCCGAGUCGUAAACCCCUGGACAACAGAGUGCUGCACGCUGUCAAAUUCUACUGCCAGAACUUUGCGCCGAGCUUCAAGGAGAGCGAGAUGAACGCCAUCGCGGCCGACAUGUGCACCAACGCCCGCCGCGUCGUCCGCAAGAGCUGGAUCCCCAAGCUCAAACUGCUGAUGGCUGACAGCGACGCCUACUCCGCCUUCCUGGCCGACAGUGUAAAGAUGGAGGCCGACGCGCUGGGGGCAGAGCAAGGCUUUGACCCCGCCUCCCUGGAAGCGGUGGCGGCGGCGGCGGCGGCAGCCGCCAACCAUAAUGAAGCGGGAGGCGGAGCCACGCAAGCAGACGCCCUCCAUGGGGCGGGAGGAGACGGCAGCACUUUGUUUUGAGUGAGUUGAACGGACAGAUAGAUGAGUGGACAGAUUGAUGGGAGGGAGGGAUGGCAUUUCUCUGGGGGGCGAUGAGUAGAGAACGGUGGCCAACUGUGGUCCUGAUGACGGUUGUCACUCCUCCCCUAGCUGCCAUGCGUUUUGGGGAUCUAUUUUUUUUCUUUUACACCUCUAUCGGUCAGUUUGUUCUGCUCUCCCUCCUUUUCGUUUGUCCACAUUUCUGUCUCUCUCGACAGCCCAGAAUGCCUCACCUUGGGUUGUUCCCUCCUUCCUUUUUCUGUUGGAGAGAGGUGGAAAGAUGGAAAGAAAGGUAGCAGAGAGAAGAGGUCCCACCCCCACCCCUCUUCAUUCCUCUGCAACCUUUCAAUACCUGAUUGUUUCAGCCUUUGUUUUUAUUUUUUUAUGCUUUUAAAAGUGUGUACUGUCACUAAGGCCCUUUUCUUACCAUAGUCAAUCAUAGACAUUCCCUGGGGGGGGGGGAGGGGUAAUCCUGUUUGGAGAAAGUGAUAUUUCCUUCCCCAAACUCCGGUAACACUGUUGUUUUGAUAUUGAAUGUAUGCGUGGCAAAGCAUCCGAACGCGUUGUGAGUCAGCGGAGGUUGAGCCCUCUUUGUAUUUCUUUGUUUUGCCUUAUUUCGUCUGCAAGGCCAGAUGAAAGCUCCUCUGAGAGGGCGGGAUUGAUGAGGUCAGGGGUUGAUAUGAAUAUUGAUAUGUAUAUUGCCAUGGUUUAUGAUGUCCCCGACCUGCUCUUUAAACCUCUGCCGGGCAUGCUGGGAAAACUGACCCACUACGUCUUUAGAGAGCUGCUGGUGAGUUCUGACGGACCAUGUUGUGGCAGAAGGGGAAAAAAAACAAAAAACGAAUAUUUGCCUGACAAAAAAAAAAACUUUCCCCCUUCAACCCCCAACACUUUCUGACCCUAAAACGUAAAAAAAAGAAAAAUGACUGACAGUUUAACUUUUUUUGUGUUUAAAUUCUCAAUCCUUUUUUUGUUUGUUUUUUUUGUGUAAUUUUUGCCAAGCCUCCUGAGGGAAAGGAAACUUGUUACUGAUGAUUGUCAAAGAGUUUGCGCGUGAUAAAUGCACUGUGUUAUUUCCUGCGGUAUGAGUACAAUCAAACAAAGUUUUUGUACGUAUCAGAAAAAGAAGAGGGGUGGUUUUAUUUAAAAAAAAAAAAAAAAUGCAUAAAAGAAAAAAUGCAAGCUGAAAUCCAAUUUAUAUCUCUGGUUAUCAUCCAAUUUUUUAUUUUUUUUAAGUCCUAAGGAAAGUCAAAAAAGGAAAAAAGCAAGGUGUGUGUGUGUGUGUGUGUGUGUGUGUGUGUGUGUGUGUGUGUGUGUGUGUGUGUGUGUGUGUGUGUGUGUGUGUGAGGAUACAGCAGCUAUAUUCUUUUGUUUUCAUCUCCUGUUUAAAUAGUUCUCCCUUAGAAUAUCCCCAGCCAUGCCAGUUAGCAGAACACGUUCUUUCUCAGGCUCUGCUGCCUGGAUGCGUGCUCGCCUGGCACGGACAAAGGUGCUAAUUCAGGCGUUGGUACAACAUCGCUAGGAAUACAGUUCUGUGUGUGUGUAGGUGUGUGUUUGAAUGGCCGCGCCGUUUUUGUGUGCGCGCUGCAGCAGAGAGAGAGCGCGGCAAGGCCAGACGGUGUGUUUUCACACAUGCUCGGUCGAUUCAUUCACCCAUCACUGCGGUGAGCACACACACACACGCUAAUACGCAUUUCGCCGCCGUCAGCCGCAUCAGCUACGGUACGCCAGAGCAGCAUGGGGAAUUAAAGGGGUAUUACACCGAAGCGGAGCUGAUCUUCGUUACACGUAAGCGCUCCCCUUGUAUUUUGUGCUUAAUGAGGCUCCAUUAGAUCUGAUGGAAAAGGUAAACUGUCACUGCGCUGGCUGAGAGUUGUGUUUGUUGGUUUGACAGUUCAUUUCCAGGCUUCAUGUGAGGUAUUUAGAAUUCAAAAAAAAAAA